AUGGCAGAGCAACAAACAAUAAAGGCAGAAACACAAGUCAAAGAAAAAGCGGACGAGCAAGCAGAAGAGCAAGUGCAAGAGCAAACAAAAGUUUACGACGUGUGGAUGCGCGCAGACGGAUUACAUGAAGGCGAACCAACUGUAAAAUGGAUAUUCUUUAAAAAUGGAUUCGUCCUCACAUCAGUUAUCAAGAUGAAUAAGGUGCUCUACAACCAAAUCAAAACCUGUUUGAGCACAUUCUGUUCGUGGGACAGCCAAGACAACAGCAAGGAAGAGAUGAUCGUCUGCUUCUUGAAGCUUCAGUUAUUGGCUGUCGGAGUACCCAAAUGCAUAUCAGGCACACUUAAUUACAUGGAUACAUUCAGAUUAUGCACAUAUUUCAAGCUAUUUCAGGAUAGCCAGGUUGGAACAUUCUCACACAACUCGGUUUCUCAUUCGCAACUUGAUCCAUAUCGUACUAGUCUCAAUUCUCAACCCAUCCAACAUGGAAUCACUUCAGAAAGCGGCCAACAAUUCACCUUCUGCUUUGCAAGCCGCCAAGCCUUCGCACCAUUUCAAGGCUCUGGUGGUGGCCCGUCGCCCAGGGUCGGUGUUGGCGAACUGGAAUCAGUCAUAGUCGACUUGGUCAAAAAAGCUUUGUCCGACCCAGGAUCAUGGCCUGGAGGGCUGCCACCUACUCCCGCUUUUUCCAUCAGACCCCCCACGCCACCACUUGAUGCAGUUGAACUGGAGAAGCGGUUGGUACAGGCCGCUGGCCUUGACAUGGUUCGACUGAAGCAGUUGAUGGUCAAGCUCAACCACGAUGAAUGUGCUUCGGUUGAGCUGUCUGUGACAACUAAGCCUGCCCUGUCUUGUCCAGCAAGCAAUGAACAGGGGGAGGUCGUUCAGGUUGCAGUUAAAACUGAUCUCAACAGUCCGAUCUGUACUACCCCAGACGAUUUCAAAUCAUUCGAAAAGUGGGCCUCGAUACCCCAAUUCAAGACGGUCGUGGAAACCUGGAACAAAGAAACAUGCAAAUACAAGAUAGCAGAGCCGGUAGAGACCAGCAGUGGUCUGGACAACUAUGCUGAAUAUGCAUUUGUUGUCCGUGAGCGUGUUGACAUCAAAUCGGAAGGCCUACGUGACAUCCUGCGUGUGGUGCUGCACGAGAUCAAAGCUAUUAGCCUGAUGGAGGACAAGCCAUCGAUCGAGCAAAACGUCCUUUUUCAUUUCCUCCCGGAGCUCGACAGAUGUGUGGAGAACACGGACAACAGUUCGGACCAUGACUCGGCACAUACGGAGCAUCUCCGCCGCCAACUCAAGCAGGCAUAUGCUUCUAUCUCGCAGCGUCUCGAAUCAAUAUUGCAGUACGGUCAUAUUACAUAUGACCUCCUUUGGGCGCUUUUCAAGCCUGGUUGCCAUGUUUAUACCACAUGCAUCGGCACAAAAGAGCCGCGAUGUGUCAAAUUCGACGCGGGAGAAGAAGUAACCCAAAAUGACGAGACGUGGUUUAAUCUCGAAUGCCGAUUUCUUGAUUAUGACGGAGUCGAGUUCGGUGAGGCCGGAAUCUUUCUACGUGUGCCAAAGUUCCGAGGGUCAAAGCCGAUUACAACCCUUGAGGCUUACCCUCUCCGCCACCAUCCGAGUCACGAGCGGGUCCGAAAAGACCUAGUUGAGAGAGGUCAAAGAUUUCGGGAUUUGGCUGGCUCGCACAUUCAGCACUGUAAAGGCAGUGCAUUCUUUCCAAACUACUCACGACCGUCACUCCGCGAUCUAGGGGUCAAGGACAAGGGUGGAAUUGCUGUUUUCGAUAUAGGUGCGAUAUUUAUGGAGGACCGCGAGCGAGAGAAGGAGAGGAUGCAAGGAGACGGUGUGGAGGCACGAAAGCUGAGAGAGACCGAUCUCUUGGUCGCCUGCCCAACAGUUUGUUGUUUCAGUUUCAAGGAGAAAACGUUCUUGGAGUGCUCAGUUAGUGCUCUUAGGGACGUAACCUGGUCACCUGAAUCAUUCGACUGCCUGCAAAUUCCGCCAGAGAACAAGACAAUCCUCUUAUCAAUGGCAAAAACCCGCUUGGGUCUGAUACCGACGGUACCCUUUGACGACGUAAUUGAUGGAAAAGGUCAAGGACUCAACAUCCUUCUGGAGUAUGUCAGCGAAUUGUUUAUGUGCUAUAUUGAGGUUUCCGUCCUAACCCGUGCCAGUGGCCCACCUGGCGUCGGAAAGACGUUUACGAUAUCCGCGGGCGAGCUCGUUGUCGACCACGGAGAUUCCAAUGCGCUUGAGCAACAACUUGAAACUGUAUUCAAGAUCGCUAAGCACUUUAAAGCCGUGCUUCUCUUGGAUGAGGCAGAUGCGUUCAUGGAGCAGCGUACAUCUUACCACGGUACUCACAAUCGCCUGGUGACCGUUUUCCUCCGAAAACUGGAAUACUAUCAAGGAAUUCUUUUCUUGACUUCGAAUCGGGGUAUUCAGUUUGAUGAUGCAAUCCUUAGUCGGAUCCAUUUAAUCAUCAAGUAUGAAGAUUUGAGCAGGGAAUUUCGCAGGGGUCUCUGGUCAACUUUUCUGACCAACGCACGUACAGUCCAAGGACCUGCCAUGAUCGAGGAGCACGACCUCCGACGAUUGGAGUCUUUAGCUCUCAAUGGACGAGAAAUCAAAAACAUCACAGCAAUCGCACAUGCUCUCGCUGAGGCGGAUGCUAGCUAA